UGCAGGGUGUCUUUUAUGAAUAAUCAAAAGCCGCAGAAGCCGACGCUAUCAGGCCAGCGUUUUAAAACCAGAAAAAGAGAUGAAAAAGAGAGGUUUGACCCUACUCAGUUCCAGGACUGUAUUAUUCAAGGUUUAACUGAAACUGGCACUGACUUAGAGGCAGUAGCAAAGUUUCUUGAUGCUUCGGGUGCAAAACUUGACUAUCGCCGCUAUGCAGAAACGCUUUUUGACAUCCUGGUGGCUGGUGGAAUGCUGGCCCCAGGUGGUACCCUGGCAGAUGACAUGACACGCACAAACGUCUGUGUAUUUGCAGCACAGGAAGACCUAGAAACCAUGCAAGCAUUUGCUCAGGUUUUUAACAAGCUAAUCAGGCGUUACAAGUACCUGGAGAAAGGCUUUGAAGAUGAAGUCAAAAAGUUGCUGCUCUUCCUGAAAGGCUUCUCAGAGUCUGAGCGGAACAAACUGGCCAUGUUGACGGGUAUUCUGCUGGCCAACGGGACACUUAAUGCAUCCAUUCUCAACAGUCUCUACAAUGAGAACUUGGUUAAAGAAGGUGUUUCUGCAGCUUUUGCAGUCAAGCUGUUCAAAUCAUGGAUAAAUGAGAAAGAUAUUAAUGCAGUGGCUGUCAGUCUUCGUAAAGUAAACAUGGAUAACAGGCUGAUGGAACUCUUCCCAGCCAACAAACAAAGCGUUGAACACUUCUCCAAGUACUUCACUGAAGCAGGACUGAAAGAACUUUCCGAGUAUGUUCGGAACCAGCAAAGCAUAGGAGCUCGGAAGGAGCUGCAGAAAGAACUUCAGGAGCAGAUGUCACGGGGUGAUCCAUUCAAGGAUGUAAGUAUUUGUCUGUACACAACGUGGGGGGGUCUUUUG